AUGGACCUGGUGGGGGCCCUGGACGUGGGCGACCUGGCCGCCGCCUUCGCCCGCCUGCCCGUCUUCCCGGUCUUCGACCUGGGCUACUUCGUCGUCUCCAUCCUCUACCUCAAAUAUGAGAAAGGCAAGGAGACCGCUUCCUCCAUUGCGCGCCCCCUUCCGCGACCCCCUUUCCUCCCACGGGGUUAGGCCACCCUCCCCGUGCCGCCACCACCCCCGCACCGACCAUAGUCUCAGAACAUCCCCAUUCAUCCUUUUUUUUUUUUUCGGGGCGUGGGUGCGUGAUUUAAUAAGGAUUUAUUAAGGAUCUGUAACCAUCUUUCCCCGCGCCAAAUCCCCGCGCCCCACAGCGGCUUUAAAGUUACCCCGCUGCCAAGCCUUCCCCCCCCCCCAAACCUCCAGAGCUGCGCUGGAUUAAGGGGGCUUAAGGAAGAGGAGGGAGGCAUGGGUGUAGCGGGGGCGGGGACAGCUCCCCAAUAAAUAAAUAAAUAAUCGAUAUAAAUACUUAACUAACUGAGGGUCCGCACCCGCUAACAUAAAUCCCAGGGGCUGGGGGGAAAAGAGGGGAGGGAGACUCGCCCCCCCCACCCAAGCGCUGUUACCCCAGGGUAAUUUAUCUGGAGUAAGUACCUACUGCCCUGCCAUGGAUUUAUUUUGGAGACUGAAUCGCCCACCUCCCUCUGGCUUUGUGCUGAUUCCUGUAUGUGUUCCCAAGUUGGGGAGGGGGCAGACUUGGGUGGGGGGAAAGACCCAUACAACGGGACCCCAAGGGUCUAGCCUGUAUUUCAGUCAUGGGGGAGGGGCUGCUGUAUUGGGGUUGUUUGUGUGUAUUUAGGGUGGCGAUGGUGUGCUGGGUUUAUCCUCCCCAAGCACGGCACUUUCUAAAUAAAGACGUGUGGGGUGGGAAUGUCCCACAGAAACGCAGUCAGCAGCGCCAAGGAGCCAGAGACAACCUUGGCUUGGGGAAACCUGAGACCCUCCCGGCUGAGACCUCGGGUGUGAUGGAUGGAGGCAGUUGGGGCUUUUUCUCCUUGAAAGGGCAGGCCAGGUGUCCAGAGGGGGCUGGGUGUGGGUCGGCAGCAGUGUGUAGGCAUGCCCCAGGGACGGAGCGGGAGAGGCGAUCCCCAGCUAACACCCAGCUCCUCUUGCAGAGGAAACACGACCCACUUCGGACCAGCCUGGGCAAGAGAGUGAGACUCAGGCCAUGGGGUCAGGAUCAGGAAGGAGGCCUGUUUGUUUCAGAGAUACUCCCAACAUCCUCAGCUCACAAGGGAAUACAGUGGUACCUCGGGUUAAGUACUUAAUUCGUUCCGGAGGUCCGUUCUUAACCUGAAACUGUUCUUAACCUGAAGCACCACUUUAGCUAAUGGGGCCUCCCACUGCUGCCGCGCCGCCAGAGCACGAUUUCUGUUCUCAUCCUGAAGCAAAGUUCUUAACCCGAGGUACUAUUUCUGGGUUAGCAGAGUCUGUAACCUGAAGCGUAUGUAACCUGAGGUACCACUGUACAGUGGUCCCUUGGUUCUCAGACUUUAUCCCUUCUGGAAAUUCUGUUCCAAAACCAAAGCGUUCCAAAACCAAGGCGCGCUUCUUUCCCAUAGAAAGGAAUACAAAACGAAUUACUGUAUUUUUUGCUCUAUAAGACUCACUUUUUCCCUCCUAAAAAGUAAGGGGAAAUGUGUGUGCAUCUUAUGGAGCGAAUGCAGGCUGCGCAGCUAUCCCAGAAGCCACAACAGCAAGAGGGAUUGCUGCUUUCGCUGCGCAGCGAUCCCUCUUGCUGUUCUGGCUUCUGAGAUUCAGAAUAUUAUUUUUUCUUGUUUUCCUCCUCCAAAAACUAGGUGCGUCUUAUGGCCUGGUGCGUCUUAUAGAGCGAAAAAUACGGUAAUCUGUUCCAGACUUUUAAAAGCAACCCCUAAAACAGCAAUUUACCAUGGAUUUUACUCCUUAACGAGACCAUUGAUCCAUAAAGUGAAAGCAAUAAUCAGGGGAAAGGAGCAGUUCCGUCCCCCCUUAUAACAGCACAGAAUCGGUUCUGGUCAGGGACGGCUUUGCGAGGGCCGCUGAGGUUUUCUCUCGGCGGCAAAAUAAGCCCUUGCCUCUUGGCCGUUGUGGGAUAUCCAGUUUCUCGCCGGCUUCCCUUCCCUGGGUCCUCAUUCCUUUCCCAAAUUAGAAGCAGGCUCUGCAGCUGCUUAGCUUGGGCACUGAGGACUCAGCAAGGCUGGCGGGGGGGGGGGGCAGUAAGGAUGAGAUUCUCUAGGGUACUACCCUCACCAGCGGAGCAUUUCCCCCCAGAAACCGUGGACGGCUUGCUUCUUGCGGCCUCAAACGAACAGGGGGGUUUUGGAGAGGCAGGAGGGUCCUGGGUUUGGGGCAGAAUGCGGCCCACUCUGCUCAAGCAAAGGUAUACUGCUAGAAGAAAAAUACUGCUCUCUUUCCCUUAUGGGGUACCCAAGAGCCCAUGUAGAGUCCUUAAGUAGGUUCUCCAUCGGUAGGAGAAAAUAACAGAGGCCAAGCAGAGAAUAUUGAGAAGCAAAGCGGCUAGUGAGCCUGGUCAUUAUUGAACUGUUGCAACAGGGUCCUCACUCCCCACAUUCUGGAGGAACCCAGAACAAUGGUGCACAAGCCCCUUUAUAGACUUUUGAAAUUGCCUCCCCUGUAGCUCAAGACCACCCCCCAAAACAUCACGCAUACAUCACAGAAAGAGGUGGUCCUCAGCAGAAAUGGGAGUGUGUUGCUUCUCUCCUGUCUGCCAGGAGACCUGAUCAAUCAUGCCUUAUCAAUUGCCUUUUCUGGGUAGCCUGGCCAUUCAAUACUCAGUUCCUGAAUCUCUUACGCAUAUUGAUAAGUGUGCUCAGCUGAACAGAUACUUGCCAGACUGUAUUUGCAAAGGGAGGUGUGAGCCCUUACAGUCCAAAGACCAUUGGAAAGCUUUCCCCAUUUCCUUCCUUCUUGCAGAGAAAUAUUUGAGGUCAAUUUGGGAGAGUCCAAAUGGCUUCAGGAUUGCUCUCCUGUACUAUUUCAGACACAUGGUUGAUAUACAUAUGUAUGUGCUUGCCUUGUACGUUUAUGACCAUUUAUUUUAUAUAUUAGACCUUAGAAUUCUCAUAACAGUAAAGGUAAAGGUAAAGGGACCCCUGACCCUUAGGUCCAGUCAUGACUGACUCUGGGGUUGCGGCGCUCAUCUCGCUUUACUGGCCGAGGGAGCCGGCGUACAGCUUCCAGGUCAUGUGGCCAGCAGGACUAAGCCGCUUCUGGCGAACCAGAGCAGUGCACGGAAACGCCGUUUACCUUCCCGCCAGAGUGGUACCUAUUUAUCUACUUGCACUUUGACGUGCGUUUGAACUGCUAGGUGGGAGGAGCAGGGACCGAGCAACGGGAGCUCACCCCUUCAUUGCGGGGAUUCGAACCGCCGACCUUCCGAUCGGCAAGUCCUAGGCUCUGUGGUUUAACCCACAGUGCCACCCGCGUCCCUUUUUCUCAUAACAGUACCUGGGUUCAAACCUCCUCCUCCUCCUCCUCAUCAUCAUCUAGGCCUGCAUUUGCCUCCCCACCCUGUAAAAUGGGGGACCUGGGAUCGUCUCUGCAAAGCGGGAAGAGGAUAGUUGAGGCUUUUGUGGUCUGGUGUCUGUGGAGGAGAGCAGAGGCACAGGCCCCUGCCUGCUUUAUUUUUAGAGAGCGGAUGGGGUAUCCGGUUCACAGAGAGAGGGGGCCUCUUCCUUCCCUUGCAGCUGCUCAUGGGCGCUAAGUGCUGCCAUGGUUCAUGGAUUCGAACCCACAAUAAAUGGCCCACAGGAGUAACCAAAAAAUCUCUUUUUUGCAUCAAACUAGAGACAGAGCCGAGAGGUGUUGCGCAGAACAGAGAGGUGAUAAGGCAGGCAUAGGCAAACUCCGGCCCUCCAGAUGUUUGGGGCUACAAUUCCCAUCAUCCCUAGCUAACAGGACCAGCGGUCAGGGGAUGAUGGGAAUUGUAGUCCCAAACAUCUGGAGGGCCGGAGUUUGCCUAUGCAUGUGAUAAGGGAUAGAUGAUAGAUUAGAUAGAUAAAUAGAUAGAUAGAGGAUGGAUAGAUAGAUAGAUAGAUAGAUACACACACACACACACACACACACACACACACACACACACACACACACACACACACACACACACACACACACACAAUCUAUUUAGUUUUUCAAAUUAAAAUUUUACAGAGAUCUAUCACAUAUAGAUCAUAAAAACAAGAUUCCAAGGAAUCUCCCAGGCUUCUAUCCUCCCCAUUGUGGGUCCUAUUAUUAAUCCUUUCCUCCCACAUCUUUUAUGAUACGGCAGUACCUCGGUUCUCGAACGUAAUGCAUCCCGGUGUUCUGAAACGUUCCAAAACCGAGGCGCAGAUAGCCCACAAGUAAAUUAGUUGCAAAGACACAGAUCGAUUGUACCCAGCAGAAGCCACGUGGCAUGUCCGACUUCCGAGGCGCGUUCGAAAACCGAAGUAUUUACGGCGUUCGAAAACCGAAACGUCCGUCAAUGGAGACGUUCGGAAACCCAGGCGCCACUGUAAUCCUUUACGUCCAGAAUUCAACCUUAUUUAUUCUUGGUGGUAUAGCCACCCAAGUCUGGGGGGCCGUAGCUGCCUCCUGUGGCAAGGAGUUCCCCAGGUGAACUCUGUCCCCGAUCGUCCGACACUCAGCUUCAUCCGAUGCCCAAGGCUCCUAGCGUUAGGAGAGGAGGAGGAAAAUAAACGUCUCUCGCCACUACUCCUCGGGGUCGAUAGCUCCUAGCUGCGGAAGAUGCCCAGAGAAGGGAAGGUGUUUAAAGGGCCGUGCUUCUCUCCUCCCCCCCCCCCCGCCGCAGGUGCCGUGGAACUGUCCCGCCAGAGUCCCUUCGCUUCCUGGGUCUGCGCCAUGCUCUACUGUUUUGGCAGCUACAUCUUGGCCGACCUGCUCCUGGGAGAAGCCCCCGUCGACUACUUCAGCAACAACGCCAGCGUCCUCCUGGCCACGGCCGUCUGGUGAGGCAACGUCUCUGCCUCCCCUCCCCCUCAUUGCGGGGGGUUGGGCUAGAUGACCCCCCGGGGUCCCUUCCAGCUGCACAGUCCUGCGGUUCUGUAUCCCCAAGCAGACAAUCCCUCUUGCAUGAGCACAAAGGGUGUGGAGGGGGCAGUGGCAUAGCGUGGGGUUGCCUGUGCCCGGGACAUCAUGGCCAGAGAGAUAAGAAAAUAAAGAGUGGCUCCAUUGUCGGGAGAGAGGUCACUUCCUGGUUCGCAAGCCGCUUUCUGCAGACAGAAGUGCGCAGCUUUCUUGAAGCGGCACCGGGUGUUGAAAUUUGGCACCCCUAAUAAUUUUGUGCCCCAUUCUGCAUAGCUGUCAACUGUCCCUUAUUUGGCGGGAAAGUCCCUUAUCCCAGCGCUGUGUCCCGCUGCUGUCCCUUAUUGAUGAUGUCCCUUAAAUUUCCCGGGUUUCAAAGGAAGCAGCUCCUCUCCCUCCCUGCCUGCCGGCCAGGGAGGAGGGAGGCUCCAGCUGUGUUGCUUGGCUGCAUUGCUCACCCAAUAAGGAGUCUAAGAACGACUGGGGGGUGGAGCUUGCAUGCCUUGUGCCGAUCAAAUUGGCCGCAUUGCCUGGGGACUCGCCUUUGCUCAGCGCUUCCCAGCGGAGAGGUGACGGUGGUUUUCCUUGCUGCAUCCCCUUUGCCGGGUUGCUGCGCUGUGGGAACCACCGCUUGAGGCUUCGUUUGGUUGCUGGCUGGGCUUUGGCUCGGAGGGGCUCAGAAGUUGAACAUAACUGUGUCCAGAAAAUCCCUUAUUUUGGCUCCGGAUCCCUUAUUUCCGAGGCUGCUGGUCCCUUAUUUUCAAAUCUGUAACUUGACAGCUAUGCCCAUUCUGUCCUGCCUUGCUGGAAGGUUCUGGGCAGCACAGUUGAAGGAGGAUCUGGACAAGCUGGAAGGUGGGCAGAGGAGGGCGACUUAGAUGAUAAAGAGUGCGGAAACCAAGCCUGAUGAGGAACGGUCGAAGGAGGCUCAGGUGUAGAAACUGGUCCAGGGGCUUUGGCCUGACCUCCUUUGACCUCACCCCCUCGCCUUGUGGCAGGGAGUCCCGCCGGCUUCACCUCCCGCUCUUCCUUCUCCCAGGUACUUGACUUUCUACUGCCCUCUGAACAUCUUCUACAAGUGCGUCAGCUUCCUGCCGGUCAAGCUGGUCUUCGUGGCGAUGAAGGAGGUGGUCAGGGUCCGCAAGAUCGCGGCCGGAGUCCACCACGCUCACCACCAGUACCACAACGGCUGGCUCAUCAUGGUCAUCGUCGGGUUUGUCAAAGGUGGGACGCCACUGCCCCGCCCUGCGCGAAUUCCUUCUUAAAUCAGAUCAUGAGGUCUGGAAACUUUGAUCUUAGGGGCAGGUUGUAGCUUCACGGCUGGAACACCUGCUUGGCAUGCAGAAUGCUAUAGGUGCCACCUGCGGUGUCUCCAGGCAGGGUCGGAAACUCUGGAGUCCGGUUCCCCUCUGCAAACAGCUCCCUUAUGAGGGGUGGGGAGAGGCCCCCUUGCCGGAUGUCCGGCCUGCAGAGAGUCCCCUUUCCCUCCGCGAAACCGCUGAAAGGUGGGCUUUGGACUUUGGACAAGUAAAUUGCAGAAUCCUAGAGUUGGGAGGGACUCCUGAGGAGCACAAGGAAAGAAUCCCUGGCAGAGAGUUAUCCACCCUCUAGCUUCAAAACUUUUAAUGAAACAAUAAGUGUCUCUCUCUCCCUUCUUUCCUUCCUCCUUUCCUUUUUUCUUUCUUUCCUCCCUUCCAUCUUUCUUUCUUUCUUUCUUUCCUUCCUUCCUUCCUUCUCUCUCUCACCCCAUCUUUCCUUCCUUCCUUCUUUCUUUCUUUCUUUCUUUCUUUCUUUCUUUCCUUCCUUCCUUCCUUCCUUCCUUCCUUCCUUCCUUCCUUCCUUCCUUCCUCCUUUCUUUCUUUCUUUCUUUCUUUCUUUCUUUCUUUCUUUCUUUCUUUCUUUCCUUCCUUCCUUCCUUCCUUCCUUCCUCCUUUCUUUCUUUCUUUCUUUCUUUCUUUCUUUCUUUCUUUCUUUCCUUCCUCCCUCCCUCCCUCCCUCCCUCCCUUCCUUCCUUAUCUCUCUCACCCCAUCUUUUCUGUCUUCCUUCUUUCGUCCGUCCCUCUCUCCCUCCUUUUUUAUUUCCUUCUUUCUUUCUUUCCUUCCCUCCUUCCUUCCUUCCUUCCUCAGGAUCUGGAGUCGCUCUCAUGUCCAACUUUGAGCAACUCCUGCGAGGCAUCUGGAAACCGGAAACGAACGAGCUCUUGCACAUGACCUUGUGAGUAAAGCUCUCUGCUGCCUGUUGGGCGCGGCUGCUGCCUGCCUGGGAUGGUAGGGACAGAGCAAAGACCUCGAUGCAGGCACUUUUGUACGAAACAAAGCACAGGGAGGGAGACCACCAAGAGGCGGGGAGUUCCAAAGUCUUUGUAGCACCGCCCUCCUUUGCCUCUGGCCCUGCCCACCACCACUGUGCGGCCCCUGGAAAGCAAUGCGGCCCUCGGCUGGGGUGGGGGGGGGAAAGGCUUUUGAAACUGUAUUUAAAAAAUAAAAUAAAUUCAAUUUCUGUUGCCUUUGCAGCCCUUCCAAAGCCAGCUUGUACGGGGCGGUGCUUUUCACACUGCAACAAGCUCACUGGCUUCCUGUCUCCAAAGCCACCCUGAUAUUUUUCUUCACCCUCUUCAUGAUCGUCUGCAAGGUGAGCCUCCGGCCGUGGGGCAGGGCAGGGGGGCCAAGAGGAAAAGAAUGAAAUCUUUCCACUGGAUAGAAGGGUUGGCACCCGGGUUUAGCAAAAGCGGGGCUGUGUUUGGCAAAUCUUGGGGGUAAUACAGACGUUAUUUGUUUCGCCAUCUUGGUAAAAAACAGACCUUGCAGGGAUAAAGGGACCGUUAGACCCCCACCUACAGCUGAGCUUGGGGGGGUGAAGAGUGUGGGUUGCAUUUUCCCCUGGACCCCCAGAGAAGGGAGGGGAGAUCCUCCAAGGGCCCCUAUUUUCCAGGGACAGCCCCACAUCUACAGAAGCCGCCCCGGUUGCUAAAUUGAUCCCAGAACAUCCUGCUUUUCCUUAGGACGUCCCUAUUUUCAGGGGAGAAACGUUGGAGGGGAUGGAAUAAGACGUCCCUAUUUUCAGGGGAGAAACGUUGGAGGGGAUGGAAUAGGACGUCAAUAUUUUCAGGGGAGAAACGUUGGAGGGGAUGGAAUAGGACGUCAAUAUUUUCAGGGGAGAAACGUUGGAGGGGAUGGAAUAGGACGUCCCUAUUUUCAGGGGAGAAACGUUGGAGGGGAUGGAAUGGGACGUCCCUAUUUUCAGGGGAGAAACGUUGGAGGGGAUGGAAUAGGACGUCCCUAUUUUCAGCGGAGAAACGUUGGAGGAUGGAAUAGGACGUCCCUAUUUUCAGGGGAGAAACGUUGGAGGGGAUGGAAUAGGACGUCCCUAUUUUCAGGGGAGAAAAGUUGUGAGGGAGGGAAUAGGACGUCCCUAUUUUCAGGGGAGAAACGUUGGAGGGGAUGGAAUAGGACGUCCCUAUUUUCAGGGGAGAAACGUUGGAGGGGAUGGAAUAGGACGUCCCUAUUUUCAGGGGAGAAACGUUGGAGGGGAUGGAAUAAGACGUCCCUAUUUUCAGGGGAGAAACGUUGGAGGGGAUGGAAUAGGACGUCCCUAUUUUCAGGGGAGAAACGUUGGAGGGGAUGGAAUAGGACGUCCCUAUUUUCAGGGGAGAAACGUUGGAGGGAGUGGAAUAGGACGUCCCUAUUUUCAGGGGAGAAACGUUGGAGGGGAUGGAAUAGGACGUCCCUAUUUUCAGGGGAGAAAUUUGGAGGGGGUGGAAUAGGACGUCCCUAUUUUCAGGGGAGAAACGUUGGAGGGGAUGGAAUAGGACGUCCCUAUUUUCAGGGGAGAAACGUUGGAGGGGAUGGAAUAGGACGUCCCUAUUUUCAGGGAGAAACGUUGGAGGAUGGAAUAGGACGUCCCUCUUUUCAGGGGAGAAACGUUGGAGGGAUGGAAUAGGACGUCCCUCUUUUCAGGGGAGACACGUUGGAGGCUAUGGAAUAGGACGUCCCUCUUUUCAGGGGAGAAACGUUGGAGGGAAUGGAAUAGGACGUCCCUAUUUUCAGGGGAGAAACGUUGGAGGGGAUGGAAUAGGACGUCCCUAUUUUCAGGGGAGAAACGUUGGAGGGGAUGGAAUAGGACGUCCCUAUUUUCAGGGGAGAAACGUUGGAGGGGAUGGAAUAGGACGUCCCUAUUUUCAGGGGAGAAACGUUGGAGGGAGUGGAAUAGGACGUCCCUAUUUUCAGGGGAGAAACGUCGGAGGGAUGGAAUAGGACGUCCCUAUUUUCAGGGGAGAAACGUUGGAGGGAUGGAAUAGGACGUCCCUAUUUUCAGGGGAGAAACGUUGGAGGGAUGGAAUAGGACGUCCCUAUUUUCAGGGAGAAACGUUGGAGGGGAUGGAAUAGGACGUCCCUAUUUUCAGGGGAGAAACGUUGGAGGGAUGGAAUAGGACGUCCCUAUUUUCAGGGGAGAAACGUUGGAGGGAUGGAAUAGGACGUCCCUAUUUUCAGGGAGAAACGUUGGAGGGGAUGGAAUAGGACGUCCCUAUUUUCAGGGGAGAAACGUUGGAGGGAUGGAAUAGGACGUCCCGAUUUUCAGGGGAGAAACGUUGGAGGGGAUGGAAUAGGACGUCCCUAUUUUCAGGGGAGAAACGUUGGAGGGGAUGGAAUAGGACGUCCCUAUUUUCAGGGGAGAAACGUUGGAGGGGAUGGAAUAAGACGUCUAUAUUUUCAGGGGAGAAACGUUGGAGGGGAUGGAAUGGGGACGUCCCUAUUUUCAGGGGAGAAACGUUGGAGGGGACGGAAUAGGACGCCCCUCUUUUCAGGGGAGAAACGUUGGAGGGGAUGGAAUAGGACGUCCCUAUUUUCAGGGGAGAAACGAUGGAGGGGAUGGAAUAGGACGUCCCUAUUUUCAGGGGAGAAACGUUGGAGGGGAUGGAAUAGGACGUCCCUAUUUUCAGGGGAGAAACGUUGGAGGGGAUGGAAUAGGACGUCCCUAUUUUCAGGGGAGAAACGAUGGAGGGGAUGGAAUAGGACGUCCCUAUUUUCAGGGGAGAAAUGUUGGAGGGGAUGGAAUAGGACGUCCCUAUUUUCAGGGGAGAAAUGUUGGAGGGGAUGGAAUAGGACGUCCCUAUUUUCACGCGAGAAACGUUGGAGGAGAUGGAAUAGGACGUCCCUAUUUUCACGCGAGAAACGUUGGAGGGGAUGCGAAUGGUGUGGAACCGCUAACGGCGACUUCCCCCCCCCCAGGUCUUCAUGACGGCGACCCACUCCCACGGCUCUCCCUUUGCCCCCUUCGAAGGGGUCGCCUGCCCCAUCCUUUUCGGCUCUGUCCCCUCCGGCCACCACGACGACCACCACCACCACCACGGCGGAGGGGGCCACGAAAUGCCCCCUCCGCAGCCCCCCCAGCUGCCGGCCAAGUCGCGGGAGGAGCUGAACGAGGGGACGAGGAAGAGGAAGGCCAAGAAGGCUGAAUGA